UGCUUUACACAGACUACAUAUCUCCAUCAAAAUUAUUUUAUUUUUUUUUCAGUUUAUUUCUAUGCGCUUUCGUCCAGAAUUCUUUCCACAAUUGGAGCACAUUAAAUUCGAUAUCAUUGAGAACCCCACAACUAAUUACCACACAGUUUUGGGUCAAAUUGUGGAGUUUCCAGCAUUGCGUUCAAUCUCAUUGGGAGUUUAUACCAGAGCGAAAAAAUUAAUCCGUCGGGCUGAAUAUCUGAAUUUUAUGAGAAGAUUGUAUGAGAAAGGGAAGUUGGAGCAUUUGAAAGUCAACUUGCUUCUCACAACUGAAAUGGCGAUUGGUGUAUUCCAACAUUGCCCUAAAAUCCGUUCACUAUAUUUCUAUAAAAGUUCAAAUCCAAAUAAUAUAAACGAGGAGGAAGAUUAUUUCAGAGCAAUUGAAUUUAUUGAGAGAUUUGAACAACUAAAAUUAAACAAAAUCCCUCCAGUUUCUGCUUCUAAAAAAGUUGUAAUGCUGGCAAAUUUGUUUAAAGGGACUAAACUCGAAAAAGGAAAUGAAUGGAUUAAAUGUAAAGAAAAUAUAAGAGGAAGUCAUGUAUUGAAGGAAUUAUUUGUUAACGAAUUUAAAGAAUAUGAGAAUAAUAAUACUCGAAAAUAG